UUGGGUUUUAUCUGAUCUGACACCAUCGGUUCUGUCUUGACUCAUCCAUCGAAAAAGCUCUGCUCCUUGCCUUGGGCUGUGUUUACUCUCUCUGUGAGUUCCUACUUCCUAAUACCAAGCAGUCAGAAUCCGUUUCGUCCAUCUCUCUCCCUCUCAAGGCAGUAGUGAGUCGGUGAGCAGUGUGAGGAGGGCUUCGAUGGCGUUACCAGUCAUUGACACGGAGUACCUAAAGGAGGUCGACAAGGCUCGUCGCGAUCUCCGUGCCCUCAUCGCCUCCAGGCACUGCGCUCCCAUCAUGCUUCGCUUGGCGUGGCAUGAUGCGGGCACACAUGAUGUGAAGACUAAAACAGGUGGACCGAAUGGUUCGAUUAGGAAUGCUGAAGAAUACAGUCAUGGUUCUAACAAUGGCUUGAAAAAAGCCAUUGAUUGGUGCGAGGAAGUGAAGUCUAAGCAUCCCAAGAUUACAUAUGCAGACCUAUACCAGCUUGCCGGUGUUGUUGCCGUUGAGGUUACUGGAGGUCCAACCAUUGACUUUGUUCCUGGCAGAAAGGACUCGAAUGUUUGUCCCAAGGAAGGGCGACUUCCAGAUGCUAAGCAAGGUGCACCACAUCUUAGGGAUAUCUUUUAUCGGAUGGGUCUGUCUGACGAGGAUAUUGUUGCUCUGUCUGGGGGCCACACUUUGGGAAGGGCACAUCCAGAGAGAUCUGGUUUUGAUGGUCCUUGGACUAAGGAACCUCUUAAGUUUGAUAACUCAUACUUUGUGGAACUUUUGGAGGGGGAAUCAGAGGGUCUGUUGCGACUUCCAACAGACAAGGCUUUAGUGGAUGAUCCUAAUUUCCGUCACUAUGUGGAGCUGUAUGCAAAGGACGAGGAAGCAUUCUUUAGAGAUUAUGCAGAAUCGCAUAAGAAACUAUCAGAGCUUGGGUUUGCUCCAAGUUCCUCUGGUUCAAAGGUAAUUUCAAAGCAGAGCAGCAUACUGGCACAAAGUGGUGUAGGAGUUGCGGUUGCUGCUGCUGUGGUGAUCUUGAGCUACUUUUACGAAGUUCACAAGAAUAUUAAAUGAACAUGGCUUAUUUGAUCUAAUCUCAAAUAUCUCUGUUACUACUACCCUUAUGAUUCUAUAGCACUGAGCUCAUUUUUGCUUACACAUGCAACACAAAAAAGCUACAAUGUUCUUGUCUUUAUGUGCCAAUAAAACGGGUCAGAGCAGUAGAGCUUUACU